UUGCCGUCAGUUGUCACCUCCGCACCCUCUGCUUUCCGCUUCCUUUUCGUUGUGCUUUUCGUUGUCACCGCCAUUUUGUGCUGGGUUGUUUAUACGUUUCAUAAAAAGAACAAAUAAUUUUUAUUUCUGAGUAAGAUCAAAAAAUGGCAGAAGCAGAAGAAACGAAAUCUCUUAAAAUAGAAACUGUAGCAGAAGGUAAUGGCGGAGGUGGAGGAGGCCAAGAGAAUAGAAAUUUCGGUGGAAAUCGACGUGGAGGUCGUGGGGGAGGCCGAUACAACUCGAAUAGAGGUGGAGGCCCAGGAGGACAUAGAGGUUUCGACAGAUCAGAGGGAAAUCAGGGAGGGGGAGGUAUGAGAAGAGGUGGCGGUAGAGGCGGGUUUCGUGGAGGUCGAGGAGGUGAUGGGGACCAAGGGGUCGAUGGUGAUGGAAACAGGAGACCUAUGGAUAGGAUUCUAGAGAAGAUUAACACACUGCAAGGUCCAACUUAUGAAUUACCCCCUGUUGACACCACUGAAAAGAAAUUUAAUGGUAGAAAUCGACUUUAUGUUGGAAAUAUUGGAUCAGAAGUGACCGAGGAGGACCUAACUGAACUGUUUAAGAGUUAUGGAGAAACUGCUGAACUAUUCGUCAAUAAAGACAAAAACUUUGGCUUUAUCAAACUAGAUUUUCACAGUAAUGCAGAGAAAGCUAAGCAAGAGCUAGAUGGUAGCUUAUUAAAAGGGAGAAAUUUGAAAAUUAGAUUUGCUCCUAAUAUUGCAACGAUAAAACUAAAGAAUUUGACUCCACAAGUAACUAAUGAGCUGGUGCAUUAUGCCUUCAGUCCUUUUGGUGAAAUUGAAAAGGUCCAAGUUUUAGUUGAUGAGCGUGGGAAACCCACUGGAGAAGGAUUGGUUCAUUUUGCCAAAAAGUUUUCUGCAGCAACUGCCAUUAAAAAAUGUCAAGAUGGUUGCUAUUUUCUUACAUCUUCUCUACAGCCUGUAAUAGUUGAAGGGUACGAACUUGUGGAAGACAUUGAUGGCUACUCAGAUAAAAAUAUCAACAAAAAACACCAUGAAUUUAUGAGUGAACGGGAAAGACCUCCAAGACUAGCACAUCCCAACAGUUUUGAAUACGAAUAUGGUCAGAAAUGGAAAGUUCUUUAUGAACAUCACCAACAAAAGGAGGAUGCAUUAAAGAAGGAGCUUCAGCUUGAAAAAGAAAAACUAGUUGCUCAAAUGGCAUAUGCCAAGUACGAGCAUGAAACUGAAAUGUUAAGAAACCAGCUGAGGGCAAGAGAGUUGGAUAAGGAAAGGCAGAAAAAGGAAUGGGAAAUGAAGGAAAGAAUGGUGGAGGAGGAAAGGUUGAGGCAAGAAGAGCUAAUGAGAAGAUCCCAGGCUGAUAUGGUAUCUAAUCAGGAUGAUAUAAGGAGAAGGCAGCAAGAAAAUAAUCUCUUUAUGCAAGCCCAUAACCUAGAUAGUCUUUUGGACCAACAAGAACAAGCUUACGAUCAACCACCUUCUUAUUCCUCUGAAAAUUCUGGACACAUUAGUGGAGGAGCAGUUGAUAUGGUACUCUACUGUUUGAUUGAUUUCAUGAAGAACUUUGUAUACUGUAAUCACUGGGGCCUUAAGAAGAAACUUGUGCAAAUGGUAACUUAAUAAAUAUGAAAAUAUGGACACAUAAUAUGGAAAUUAGUGUUCAUUCCAAUCUUCAUUCGCUGUGUGCAGAAGUCACGGAAGUCAUAUAUGUAUAUUGGGACAUUCAUUGUAUUGGAUACUUAAGUGUAAGUGGAACCACUGAUAUAGCCUAUUUAUGUCCAUUAUACAAUAGCCUAUUUAAUGUCCUGUAGCGGAUACAGAGGGGGGACCAUGGGGCCCGGGCCCCCCCUAAAAUCUGUAAAUUGGGUUAAAUAUUAGCCUUUUGGGUUAAAAAUGGCACCCUAAAAAGCAUAUUCUACAUAAUUUUUUUAUUUGGGCCCCCUCUAAAAUAAAUUCCUGUAUCCGCCCCUGUUUAUGUCAGUUUGCUGCAUACUAAAGAAUUGAACUUUGUGAAUGAAGUACCAAAUAAGUCUGCAGACUAAAUCAAUGAUUUGAAUGCAUAAAUAUAUUUUGUUAAAUAAAAUAUAUAAUAAAGCUGUCGAUCUGUU